AUGUUGAGGAAAUGGGAGGGCAAAUUUUGGGGUACAACAGAUUCCCACGAGGAUGCUGAGCGGUGUAUCAAGCAUCUCAACCAAUCAGUUUUAGAGGGCCGCUAUGUCACCGUAGAACGGUCAAGAAGAAAGCAUGCAAGAACUCCAACACCAGGGCACUAUCUUGGGCUGAAGAAUACUAGAGACUAUGGCUCUCGUGGUGACAAUCGUGAUGACUAUCGUGGCGGAAAUCGCGGUGACUAUCGUGGCGACAGUCGUGGUGACUAUCGUGGCGACAGUCGUGGUGAGUUUCGUGGCAGCAGUCGUGGUGACUUUCGUGGCGGUGGUCGUGGUGAAUUUCGUGGCGACAAUCGUGGUGACCGGGGAAGGAAUUACAGUGGUUCUGGUCGUGGUGAUUAUCCACAUCGUAGAUCUCCAAGGCGUUCACCAUACCACGGAGGCCCAGAUCAUUCACCACAGCGCUCACCCUAUGUUGGGAGGUCUAGGAGGCAGAGAUCAAGGUCUAUUCCCCAUUCUCCUUAUAGCCCAGACAAGAGGUAUGCUGGUGGAUCUAGGUGA